AUGGCUUUGAGGCUUUUCAUAUCGCAGGUUGCAAGACGACAAUCUAAAUUUGGACAGAUUCAAAGUGUGUUUGCCAGAAGCUAUUUUUCUGUCAAUAAGUUUGGACAUCGUCGAGGUUAUAGACUUUUGGGUGCCCAAGGGAGAUUUCAGUCUCGCUACCUUGGCAGUAUAUCUCGUCGAGUACGUGAUGCAGUUGAAGCCACUAAAGUUGCUCAUCUCAAAGAGCUUUACCGUCAGAAUGAUCCUGAGGCUGUGAUUAGAGAAUUUGAAAGCCAACCAUCUUUGCAUAAUACCUCAGCUCUUUCCGAAUACGUGAAAGCAGUGGUGCAAGUUGAUAGGCUUGACGAAACUGAAUUAAUGAAGACAUUUAAGAGAGGCAUGUCCAAAUCGGUAGCGAGUGAGGAAGAAACUGCAGCUGGACUUUCUGCUUUAAGAAAUUUAGGAAACUCAACAAAAGAAAAUAUUUUUGGAACUUCUAGGAAUCCAAUCCAUACGGUGGCUAGAGAAGGUGGGAAUAUAAAAGUUCAGUUAUGGCGUACGUUCAGAGCCUUUUUGUAUUCCUUUCUCGUGAUUUGUGGUGUAGAAGCACUCUAUGAAGAUAGAGGAAUUAGUAAAGGACUUGGUAUACAUGAAGCAGUGAAACCCAUCAUGGAAACAAGCACAAAAUUUAGUGAUGUAAAAGGUGUUGAUGAGGCAAAGGCUGAGCUGGAAGAAAUUGUUCAUUACCUUCGAGAUCCUAAGAAGUUUACUCGUCUUGGUGGUAAGCUUCCAAAAGGAGUUUUGCUUGUUGGUCCACCUGGUACUGGAAAAACGAUGUUGGCUAGAGCAAUUGCUGGUGAGGCUGGGGUUCCGUUCUUUUGUAGCAGUGCAAGUGAAUUUGAUGAGUUAUAUAUUGGUGUUGGUGCGCGAAGGGUGAGGGAUCUUUUUUCUGCAGCAAGGAAGAUAGCACCUUGUAUAGUAUUCAUUGAUGAGAUUGAUGCUAUGGGAGGUAAGCGAAAUCCACUUGACUCAAAUACCACGAGGAUGACAUUAAAUCAGUUAUUGGUUGAGCUAGAUGGAUUCAAGCAUAAUGAGGGCAUAAUUGUGAUUGGGGCAACUAAUUUUCCGGAAUCAUUGGAUGAUGCAUUGGUGAGACCUGGGCGGUUUGACCGCAAUGUUGAUGUUCCCUAUCCGGAUGUAAGAGGAAGACAGCAGAUUUUGGAAUCACACAUGUCAAAGGUUGUAAAAGAUGCUGAUAUUGAUCUAAUGAUCCUUGCUCGAGGAACACCUGGGUUCUCUGGUGCUGACCUUGCAAACUUGAUUAACAUGGCUGCUAUCAGGGCUGCAAUGAAUGAUUCUAAAGCUGUGACAAUGGCUGAUUUAGAGCAUUCAAAAGACAAGAUACUGAUGGGCAGUGAAUUCAAGUCAACUGUUGUAUCUGAGGCGACACGAAAGCUCACUGCUUUCCGUGAGGGUGGUCGCGCCCUUGUUGCCAUUUAUACUGAUGGGGCCGACCCUGUUCACAAAGCAACUAUAGUUCCCAACGCUACGUCUCUUGGCAGGGUUAUGCAAUUGCCCGAUGAGGAUAAGCAGAGCGUUUCCCGUAAAGAAAUUCUUGCCAGGAUAGAUGUUUGCAUGGCAGGCUGGGCAGCUGAAGAGCUAAUUUUCGGAGAAGUCUCUUCUAGUGUAUCCUAUGAGCUCAGAAAAGCAACUAGGUGGGCAAGGAGGAUGGUUACCAAAUAUGGCAUGGGCAAUGAGGUUGGACCAGUCACUCACGAAUACAAUGAUAGUGGGAGGAGCAUGAGCUCAGAGACAAGGCUUCUCGUUGAGAAAGAGGUGAAGCAACUCGUGGAGGGAGCUUACACCAAUGCAAAAACCAUUUUGACCACUCACAACAAGGAGUUUCAUGCACUUGCACAUGAUCUUUUGGAGCACGAGACCCUCACAGGAACUCAGAUAAAGACAUUGAUUGCCGAAGUUAGAGCUCAGAUGGAGCAACAGCAGCAGCCACAAACAGUUGAAGCUCAGAGCAGUUCACAAUCCAACACGGUGCCUCCAUCAUCCAGCUGCCAAGGCUAAAAGUGCUCCAGUGGGAUCUUAGCAGAACAAGAUGCUGGAGCAGCAAACAUAAGUAGUACUAGUUGAUUGAAAAUGUUCUUACAGUAAUUUUUUCAGGUUUUUCACACGGAGGAGCUCAGCUCAUGAACCUCAGAUUCUAGGUGACGUAAAAGUAUAUGCACUUACUUUUCUCAUUCUUUGUAGGGUACAAUGAAAAAACAAAGAGAUUAUCAGGUACCUCCUACUGAAUCUGGUACUCUCUCACGUGGUCCUUAUCAGAGACUAUAAAUUAUAACACAUUAUUACCUUGCUC